GCAAGCGGGACCUCCAGCUGUACCCGGUCAUGGUGUACAUCCACGGGGAGUCCUAUGAGUGGAACAGCGGGAACCCUUACGACGGCUCGGUGCUGGCGGCGUACGGCAAGGUGGUAGUGGUGACUGUCAACUUCAGACUAGGGGUGUUGGGUUUCCUCAACACAAAUGAGAACCCGUACCUUCGCUCCAUCACCAAUUAUGGGCUCAUGGACCAGAUUGCGGCUCUACACUGGCUCAAGGGAAACAUUGCAGUCUUUGGCGGCGACCCUGACAGAGUGACAGUCUUCGGCCACGGUACUGGAGCCGCUUGUAUCAAUUUCCUCAUGACCUCCAAGGCUGUACCCCAGAGCCCAGGUCUCUUCCACCGAGCUAUCCUGAUGAGUGGCUCCUCCCUGGCGCCGUGGUCCCUUGUUAGCAACCCCACCAGGUACACGCGGCAGCUGGCCAGGGAAGUAAACUGCUCCCACACUCCUCUAGGCGAUGAACUCAAGAAGUGUCUGCGCACCAAGUCCCUUCAUGUGAUUAUGCAAGCCCAGGUGGAGGUGCCGGAAUAUUACUACGCGUUCGGGCCGACUGUGGAUGGCGUGGUUAUCGACACUGACUUCGACACGGACCGCCCUUCCUACAUCAACCGCCUGAGGAGCUACGACCUCGUGUUCGGGGUGACGCCCUCUGACGCCUUCUUUACCUUCAACGACGACGACGUCAAGACGGGCUUCGAGAUGGACAAGCAGAACAAGAUCUUGAGAACCUUCAUCCGGAACACCUACAACUACCACCUGACAGAGAUCAUGGCAACGGUCAUCAAUGAAUACACGGACUGGGAGCGGCCCAUGCGUCAUCCCAUCACCACACGGGAGGAGACCCUGGCGCUGCUGUCCGACGCUCUCUACGGGGCCCCGGUCAUGCACACGGGGAACCUCCACUCCCACGCCUCGUCCAAGACCUUCCUGUACGUGUUCGACUACCAGACCAAGAAUGGGGACUUUGAACAGCAGCGCCUCGGAUGUGUGCACGGGGAGGAGCUGCCCUACGUGUGGGGGGCACCCUUGGUCGACUCCUUGGCGCACUUCCCGACCAACUACACUCAGGCGGAAGUCAAGUUGUCAGAGACCGUCUUGAACUACUGGGUGACCUUUGCCAGAACGGGGAGCCCCAGCGAACCCGAGGGGCCGACCACAGACAGGAACCCGGAAAAGAACCGCGCAAGGACUUUGGAGUGGCCUGAGUACAGUGGCCAGCGGCAGAGGUACAUUGAACUGGACCUCAAGCCACGCAUCAGGACGCACUACCGCUCGCACCAGCUCAGCUUCUGGCUUCGGCUGGUUCCACAGCUCCACCAUGCGGGGAAGGACGCCCCCGAGACCCACCAUCACCUCGAGAAUCACAACGACUGGAACUCCUACAGGGGCUUUGUCAGAUCAGAGCCCGUCACCAGGGUGAUCCUCCCGCCGGAGACCACGACAGAGGCUACAACCACACGGCAGUAUAACGUGUCGGCGGUGCUACAGUCCACGCCUGCCAGCCCUGACGGUAGCAAUGGCACGAGGCUGCGCACGCACGCCUCGCUCAGUGAUGGGUUCGCCGCCUACUCCACCGCCCUGUCCGUCACCAUCGCCAUCGGGUGUUCGCUGCUCAUCCUGAACGUGCUCAUCUUUGCCGGCGUGUACUACCAGCGGGACAAGUCUCGCAUGGAGGCCAAGAAGGUGGCAGAGAACGGCGGCCUCCUAGCGCCAGCCAACAGCAUCAGUGGGGACAUGCACACCCCUCCCACACCGAGCAUGGCCGUCAAGACGGAAGUGGUCACUCGGUUGGGGUCAGGAGGUGCAAAGGCCCCACCCUCCACCCCCAUGACACAGACCGCCCAUCUCCCCCCGCCUGAAUUCGCCGACUAUCCCAGCCAGGCCCCGCACUACGGCACGGCUCACGGCGUCUCCCACCUGCACACGCUCCCCCGCGGCGGCUUGGCCAAAGUGACCACCAGCGAUGGCCAGAAGCAGCCAGGCAGCGCCAGCCUCACGCUGUCGGUGCCGCGCGCCCCGCCGCCACCUCAGGUACCCACCCACAGCUCGGAAUCCCAGCCCCUCCUGAAGCAAACGUCCUUCACUCUCACCUCCCCACACACCUCCACGCCCUCCAAGAGCCCCACUAAAGAAUCCAACGUUGGAGAACUUCGAGUAUAGCGGUAUUAGAAGACUGUCCUAGCUUAGCCCGCCCCGCCCCGCCCCUCCCACAGCUGCAACACCCCAGCCGCGUCCACGGUUCAGCUCACGAACAUUACUGCAUCACUUCCUUUUGGCUAUUUAGGUUACACUAGAACUCUCUCCCGUUCCCUCACUCUAUUUGUUGCUUGUCGGAUAUGGUCACGAUACUCGUUGUGUUUCUAUGACAUUCCAGUGAUAUUACUUUGGUUCUUACGAGACUCCAAUCUCUACGAUGACGAAUUACUGGCAUUGGACGCCCUCCCUGGGUGUUCCGAGGCCUCAGUGUGUCGCUCGACUGCUCAAAUUCCUGGGGAGAAUUCUUAGUGCUCCGCCCGUGGGAAGAGGACUCGCCAGCCAUCUCUCAACCCAUCACUGUGUUUCCGUCUCGGUGCGCCAAGGUCACGGUGGACCCAGGACCUCUCAGACGCGUCCAUCACAAAACACACUGAGUUCGGAUGAGGAAAACUGACGCCACACUCGCGGUGUAGAGCAUGGUGUGGGUAAUGGCGGCGUUUCCUGGUUGUGUUGGCGUGGCGCGGCUGGUGAUGAGUAGUGAUGAUUGUUUCCGGGAUGUCAGGUGAGAGCUGAAGGCACGAACUAAGUGUGUGUGUCCCUGUGCCACGGAAGAAAGGCAUCACAGCUUCUCUCGAUAGACUACCAUGUGUGUGUGUGUGUGUGUGUGUGUGUGUGUGUGUGUGUGUGUGUGUGUAGUGCGCAGUUUCACGACACGAGGAGAUGUACCAAGAAGAGUUGCGGUGCAUAUAUUUCCUGCCAUGAUGAAUUAUAGAUGAAAUAGACCGUGUGUGUGUGUGUGUGUGUGUGUGUGUGUGUGUGUGUGUGUGUGUGUGUGUGUGUGUGUGCUCGCGUCCGUGAAUGGUACGGUGACGGUCUCCCAGCAGUGACAAACCAAACCCCGCGCCUCGCCCGUAUUUGACAUGCAUGGAUCUCACAGCAGUGUUGGGCAUCACACUUCGCUCUGGGAAAUAUCAAACACUGCGACAGGCGACAGGCAAAGGAUGCAGUGAUAGGGAGUGCAGUAUUACUAAGAAUUAAACUCCACGAUAAAUAACAAGUUUGAGCCGCAUUUUUAAGAGUAUCGUUUGAGAGCAUGAGUGACGAGUGACUGAGGAGGCGGCGGUGAUGAGGUGACAGAUGAGCAGCAGGAGGCGAUGCAGUGAGGGGGCCAAGCUCACGUCACCUCGGACUCAAAGUGUAGUGUCCGCCAAGCGAGUGACAAUCUGGGUGCUGUUAUACAUACAUAGUAACACUGUCAGGAUGAGAGACUCAGCGUAGCCAAGACUCACCACCCGCAGGUCAGGACGCGGGAGUAGGACUGGCCUCUGAGAUUUCCAAUGAGUUUUUCCAUCAAUAUUUACUGUUUACCUUGGUGUCGGCGGGGUGCGCGAGGGAACACCUGGCCUGUUGCUGCUGCUGCUUCACUCCUCAGCUGGUGCAACAAAAAGAUACAAUGUUUAACUGUUUGUUUGUAGUCACUAUCAUUGUUUGUUAAGUGUUCAGAUUGAUCCUUCUUUUGUACAACCCAUUUUGAUAUUCCCAGUCACUGUCAGAGCCGACCAGUCUUGUAUAGGUAUUCGUAGGCGUAGUGGCGGCGAGUGCGUGCGUCACACUCACUGGUAGAGAGCCAAGCCGCGUGGCUGGCUUGAACAAUACAGGCCAUUCGAUAACCCAUGCUCAUGACUGACUUGUAGUGAGGUGAGACAAGGUGAACACAGGACGCGUGAGUCUUUUUAAGAGCCUCACUACUACUACUACUAAUACAUUCCCCCAACAAAGCUUCAUAUAUUUUAACAAAUACAUGCACUUGUCUGACUGUAGGUGGGUAGGAAGCGUGCGUGCGUACGUGGUGAAGAAGCAUAGACAGCACUGUAUUCCACCCAACACAUCAACACCCUGUCAGCACCCCCGGAGCAGCAGGAUAAUAAAACUGAAAUCUCCAUUGAGGUGUGCUGUCUGGAGCUGCCGUCACGUGGUGGUGCGCGCGCAACUGUCGUGUAUAUAGAACUCGUCUUGUCUGGAAGGGGAGGUGAGUGACAGGCGGCAGGAGGAGGGUUUCUGUCGCCCUCCGUUGCUGCCUGGAGUGUCAUUCAUGGGAUUUUUUUUUUCUUUUUUUCCUGGUAUUUAUUGUUGUUUUUAUUUAUUUAUUUUUUUUUUUUCAGGGGAAGAAAGGGGAACGAAUACCAGGGGACGUGUGUGUGUGUGUGUGUGUGUGUGUGUGUGUGUGUGUGUGUGUGUGUGUGUGUGUGUGUGUGUGUGUGUGUGUGUGUGUGUGUGUUAUGAAUGACUUUUUCUUUUUUUUUCUUUUCUGUUUUUCCCACUUGUAUAUGUUGUGUACAGUGAAUUCCUAAGGACAGUAUCUGGAAGGGUUGCCACACACACACACACGCACACACACACACACACACACACAAAAUCUCUCCUCGUACUCCUUAAUAUGUUCUUUUCUUUAUAACACAAGCUGCAUUUCAUUAGCACACUCGUCAUCUCACCACACGUUCGCCGUCCCCCUCCUCUCUCUCUCUCUCUCUCUCUCUCUCUCUCUCUCUCUCUCUCUCUCUCUCUCUCUCUCUCUCUCUCUGUGUGUGUGUGUGUGUGUGUGUUAACUCGGUAAAACCAAGGUCUUGGGUAAAACAGGAUGCAUUACGUAUUUUCCUGUCUUACCGAGUCAACACACACACACACACACACACACACACACACACACACACACACUCAAGAAAAUCAGUGAUGCCUUGUGUCAUCACACACAGGCAUGUGCUAGCACGUAUUGUAACCAAUGUAUUAAGUCUCGUACACGUAUACAACACGCAAACGUAGUAUGUGACAACGUACACACACACACACACACACACACACACACACACACACACACACACACUCUCUCUCUAAGAAAGAAAGAAGGAAAUUACGUUUGUUGCUUGUUCAGCGACAAACGUAAUUUCCUUUUUGCUUUCUUAGAACGUGAAUAACGCAACUAACAUAAAAAAAAAUAUUUGCUUUCUUUGUUUUUCUUUAGUAGAUUGCUGGAAAAGGGAGCUUGUCAAUAUUGUUUGUUAUUUUUACGUAUAGCUUAAUUUGAAGUAGUGUUUUUUCUUCUUCUUGCCUUUAACAUUUUGUGAAGGAGGUUUCUUUUCAUUACUAUAAUUAGCCGUUUUGGCAACAGUUUUAUUCGUUUACUCUUUACCUAUUUACUUGUCAUUUACGGGUUUAGUUUCAAAUGUGAAGUUUUGUCAGAAAGAGAGAGAAAGAGAGAAAGAAAGAGAGAGAGUUUUCAAUAAUAUGGGGUGUGAGGGUAACAGGGUUUGAGAUAGAGAAAUUUUUACGCUACAACGGCCUAUGUACUUUGAUAACACUAAGAGAGAUUAGUAACGGUGGUGAUAAUAAUAAUGGUGAUGACGGUACAGUGAUGAUAUGGUGAUGACGGUGUUUACUACAUCCAAACAUUAGUUUAAGAGCCACGUGUAAAUCUGUUUAUGUGAAUUGUCUUUGAUGGCAAUAAGUUACUCAUGAAGUAGCGUUAAAUAAAUUGUUCAAAUGGUAAUGAG